AUGGCGAACUCAACCAACGACGUCAUAUCUAUCGAAUCAUCCGAUAGCGACUCAGACUGCCAAAUUGUGGAAGUCAUUCCAUCGCCUCCUAAGCGAGGCAAGAACAACUCAAGAUGGCAGAAGAAGCUUUCCAGCAAGACGCAAACGAGAAGCAGAGAGAUGACGAUGCACCAACUAGACAAAGUCGUUUAUGAGGAUCGUCCCAGCAUGUCAUCGGCAUCGAAAGGAUACGCAAGGCGUCCGGGCGUGGAUUUGACGGCAGCGGAUUGUGGCCUCCAGGGUACGAACUCCAAGACGGAUCAUUUGCCUGAUAUAGAGCCAAACAAUGCCGAUGCGGUGCCGCAUAUUGAUCUGGAGGAUCCUUUCUCUGUUCGACAGUACAUUGCCGACGAUUCGAAAGCAGCGAGAAUUUCAUUUCCAUGCUUGACGCAAAGUGUGGACUGCACACAAGACCCUCAUUUCGAAGACGGCGAUGAAGAUGAAGAUGAAGAUGAACAUGGCCAACGGAGUGCUCGUUCUAGGUCUGGCUCUACGGCGACUCUCGACUUUUCUCCCGAAAGAGAAAGCUACAGCGACUCGGACAAGAAUACGCAUAGGAUGUUUGGCGAAGCAUCCGAAUCAGCAGAGUUAACUGAUACAAGAGACUGUACGACGGUGGAUGCUGAUACUAUGAGAAUGAUGCUGCAUAACAGUGGCUACCUUACGCCGGCUGAGGAAACCUCAUCAGAAAGGCCGGAUCCCUGUGUCUUGAAGAUGGAACUCCAAAUUGAAGAGAAGGCUCUUGAAGGAGAUUCGUCAAUUGGGCCGAUAAGUGCUACACUACAACCUCACAAAGAAGCAUCCAAAUCUGGUCAACAGCUUCCCCAGGCAGGGAGAUGGGACUCGGUCGUCAACGUUGCUGCCUUCAAAGCUCUACCAGGGCCAUUGUUUACUCGGCCUAAACAGACACUUGAUGUGGUUACGUACGAGUCCAUGAUGGAAGAGAGGGCAGCAGCACAGGAGGCGAAGUAG